AUGUCCAAACUGGAGAUGUUGCUGCGAGACAAAUUUGAAUCUGAGUUGGUUCUUCAGCAUCACAUUAAAGCUCUGAGCAAGAGCCUUCAGCAGCAGCUGCAGGAGAUGGAGAGGAGGCAGAAGCAAGAACUUGACAAGAGGAUUCAACAAGAUCUUGCUCUUUCAACACACAAAUACACAGAGGAAACACAGGCUCAACACAGAAAUAUUGGACUAAGAAAAGUGUCAUCUACAUCUGCACUGAACUCCAACAAAGGGAUCCCACCUGAUCAGAUAAAUUUGUCUGUUGUUCAUUUAGCAUGUAACUCUACUGGUAAGUCAUCAGAAUCCAAACAUGCAAAGACAAACCACUGUCAGCGGGCUUUGGCAAUGACAUGGCCAAACAAAGAAAAAGAGGCUAUGGCUGAGUGUCUGAAGAAAUUCACUGCUCCUCCAGUCCCCAGUCAUGUCUCGGCGUCCCUUUUCAGAGAGAUGAUGCUGAAGAAGGAGAGGCAGAGGCAGCGAGGGCUUGAGCAACGAAAGAACUUCCUACUGUCCAUGCAAAAACCAUUCGGCUUUGAGGAGAGAGAAAAGGAAAAGAGGACCAAACUAAUAGCAAUGAUAAAUGAAGCAGCCAAAGAUAAGAAUGAAGCUGUUGUCAUAAAGAGUUUUCAUAAAAUAACCAAAGACUCAAAACAAGCAAACAGAGACUGCCAUAAAGUCCCCAGACAAACAGUUGAGGAUGCGUCAUUGUCUGAGGGACCCAAAUUUCGCACAGCAGAUCGGACCAGGAAAGAGAGGGUAGGAUUCCUGGAUGAGAGCCCAAGCUUCCAACCAAAGAUCAUCCGUCAGGUCCCAGAUUUCUGCAGACUACACAAAGCCUUACAGAGGGAGACAACACAGACUAAAGAGACAACCAAAUGUCAGCCUUUCCAACUGAGAACAUCUGCUCUCCCCGUGCGCCAAAGCAGGGCCAGUCCUCAACAAUCACAGGCACAAACGGUGUCUCAUCUCAGCAGAAGCAAGUCUCUGGGAGCCCUGACCUCACUGUCUACAGACACUCUCCCUGUGUACAUUACAGAUGCUACUCGGAAACGCGCUGAGGCCAUCAGAAAAUCAAUGGAAGUUCAAGAGAGCAGGACCCUGGAGAGUGCUGACUGGCUGAGAAAGUACCAAAUGAGGUCAGAGGCCAUGCAGAGGACGGUCAUGCUCCACGCCAAGCUCCUGGACCCGCACAGGAGCCUAAAGGAGGUGUAUAAUGAAAAACUACAGCAUCAUCGCGAAGCGGACCAGCAGAGGAUGAGAGAGUACAGUAGGGAACUGAAGGGAAUGAGGGCGCGGGUCAGUCAACGCCCCUAUCUGUUUCAGCAGGUCAGACAGAAAUCUGCGAAGGCCAAUGCAGAGAAGACUUACAGAAACACGCUCCGAAAUGCAGGGUUAAAAGAGCAGUUUGUUGAGGAAAAUGGCCUCGCAAGAUUGUCGUCCUCCCCCUCCAUAUCUGAGGGAAAUACAGACGCCAGCACUGAGGACCAACAUAGCAGGGAAGAAAAUGGAGACGCCGAAAAGAAAAUUGAAGAUGUGAAGGAGGAGAGCGUGGACUACAAAGCGAACGAAAUGCCAUGA